AUGAUCGGCGUCCCGGUGUCGUUCCCGGUUAGGCCGCCGCCGACUCCGCCACCUCCCGCUUCCAACAGCACCACCAACAACAACGGCGGCAUUUUUCAUCCUACAAAUUCAGUUAGGCCACCACCAUCGGCUCCUUCUUCGGGCCGUAAUAAUCGCAGAAUCAAUAAUAAUAAUAACCACAACACCCAAAAUCAAUGUCUUCUAGGUUUCAUGGUUUUUGGAGCAACAUUGUUGAUCGUUGGAGGUCUAAUGGCGAAGAACAUUGCGGGCGCUUUCCGGCAAAAGCCCAAGUCUCGAGCCAAGUUAACCGCCGAAGCAACGGCUUGGAUCCAAAGUGUUGAAGCUCCGGUUGCGAGUUCGAUGUCGGACGAUGUAGCGAGAAAUAAUGGGUCGAUGGCUUUUGAUGUCGUGUUUCAAGCUCGGAUGUGGGAUUCGGAGUCCUUUGAAGUUCCAAUCGUUGCAAGAUGCAAGAAUUUAACGGUGGCUGGAUUGUCUUCUUCUAAUAAUGCUAGUACUACAUUAUUACAGCCUCCAGGAACUCUCUUAGGAGGGCCCAAGAGGUGCGAUUCUGCCUUUUUUGAAAUCCGACAUCAUUUACAUUAA